CUUGUGGGGCUUAAUGCGAAUAUGACAGUUCAGGGAUAUUUUCUCAUAAUGGAAGUUGUUUGUGGAUUUAUUUUAUACCCACCACUGGAAGAUUAAACUACUCUUUCUCUUACCUCUAAUCGCAGGACAGCUUUCGCAACACAGCCAGCUUAUGGACAUCAGCCAUGUACCAAUACAGUAGCAUCUUUUCAGUUUAUUUAGUCUGUGGAUUGUAAAGCCACUAUUUAAAAGUACAAAGCAAAAGUCGAUGGCCUAAACUGCGUCCAUAAUGAUGGCUGAUGUUGAGAACGGCGACCAGACCUUUGAUACGGUGAGUUUACAAACAGAGGGCAGUCGUUUUGGAGACGAUGGAGAAAGCUCACUAGGCUCCGACUCCGAGCUCAACGGCUUCCCCGGAUCCAGAGAGACGGACAAGUAUGGCUUUAUCGGAGGAGCGCAGAAGUAUACAGCUGAAUCGGCUCAGGAUGUUCCCCCGGAGGUGCUGAGACAGAGAGAGCUGAAGUGGUUGGAGAUGCUAAAAGAUUGGGACAAAUGGAUCAGCAAGAGGUUUAAAAAGGUAAGGCUGCGAUGUCAGAAAGGAAUCCCUCCAUCGAUGAGAGGCAGAGCCUGGCUAUAUCUCUCAGGAGGCAAAGUAAAGAAGGAGAGAAACAGUGCAACAUUCAAGGAGCUGGACAGCAGGGAGGGUGAUCCGAAGUGGAUAGAUGUGAUUGAGAGAGAUUUACACAGACAGUUCCCUUUUCAUGAGAUGUUUGUGUCACGAGGAGGGCACGGCCAGCAGGAUCUGUUGCGGGUGCUAAAGGCUUACACUCUCUACAGGCCUGAUGAAGGUUACUGUCAGGCUCAGGCUCCUAUCGCUGCAGUGCUUCUCAUGCACAUGCCUGCUGAGGAUGCAUUUUGGGGACUUGUACAGAUCUGUGAGAAAUACCUUCCCGGUUACUACAGUGCAGGCUUGGAGGCGGUUCAGCUAGACGGAGAGAUCCUGCAUGCUCUGUUAAAGCGAGUGUGUUCUGUCGCUUAUCGACACCUGGACAAACACAAGAUUGAGCCAGUGCUCUACAUGAUGGAGUGGUUCAUGUGCGCCUUCUCCAGAACCCUGCCCUGGGCUUCGGUUCUCAGAGUGUGGGACAUGUUCCUGUGUGACGGAGUGAAGAUUAUAUUUCGUGUAGGCUUGGUGUUGUUGAAGUCAAUGCUGGGAUCUCGGGAUAAGCUGAAGGCCUGUCCUGGUCAGUAUGAGACCAUGGAGGUUCUCAGAGCAAUCGACCCCAGAUACAUGCAGGAGGCGUACUUGGUGCACCAGGUUCUGGAGAUGCAGAUCACUGUGCGGGACAUAGAGCGCGAGCACCGGACGCAGUUGAAGCGCUGGAAGAAGAAGCGUGGCGAGCCCAGCCGCAGACAACCUCAGAGAAUGCACAGUGCUCGCGCCAUCAUGGCCAGUGAGCCGCAUACACGCCAAGACCUCCGCCAACAACCCACGAUUAUCGUCAAGUACCCGUCGAUCCCAGAGGAAAAGUCAGAGUCGAACAUCAAGAAGAAAAGAGGGACCCUGAAGAGAAAGGAAGUCCCCAUUCCCGAUGUCCCUAACCCCUACGCCCUUCCUAGUGAGUCACCUCCUAGUCCGAUAUCGGAAAUACAGCCUCCGAACACGGAAAAUACGGAGGUUAUACCUCCACAUCCGCCAUCACAACCACCCCCACUCCCAAUACAGGAGGAAAAUCAGACGAACACUUUCAUUCCACCUCCACCGCAGUUCCAGCAGUCGUCCUCAAAUAUCUCCGUCAAUCAGAGAUCAGCAGAUUCGCUUCCUCUGCAAAAUCUGUCCCUCCUACCUGCUCCUGUGCUUGAAUCCCCUACAGAGUGGCGUCCUCACCUGCUGGACUCCCCUCCUGCCCGGUUCCCAGAGCCUGUCCCUAACUUUGGUGACCUUCCCAAUAAAACCGGAAACUCAGCUGCCACUUCGUACCCAUCAACACACUCAAACCCUCUGCUUACGCACAACGCACCUGCCAACAGUGGCUCGUCUGAGGACAAAAACGGUGUCCUGUUCAACUCUACGGAGAGCGUCAAUAGCGCAGAGGACACCUACUUGUAACUUGCUCUCUGUCUCCACCUGGUGGCCUGGAAGACUACUACAGUGUAGUGCUGGGAGAAGUAUUUACAUGAUUUUCAAAAGGAACUGACUAGGAUAUUGUCUGGAUAUUACAUAACCCGUCACAUUUAUUCAGUCUUACAUGAACUAUUUUAAAUUGUCAGAAUUCACCUUAAAGGCAUCCAACACAUCAGCUAUGAUGAUGAUUUGGCUGAUUUGGGAUAACAGAUAAAGGAUGUCCUGUAUUAUCAUCAUCGUCACUCACUUACACUUCCAUCUUCGUGUCCGUGUGCUGGAAAAUCGUGCUUCGCACUAGAGGAGUUACAGUCACUAAUUAUAUACAUAAAAAAAAAAAAAAAACAGAUAAAACGUCCAGAGUGUGCUUCAGCAGACCUGCCAUAUGGGACCAAACAGAUGUGAAGCAAAACUAAUUCCUAAAAGUUUGACUUGUGGAGAGACACACUGCUUUAGGAUCUGCUGUUAGGUCUCAAAUCUGGAGUAGCGUUUAAGACUCUGCAUACAAAUCUGGGCGUACGAUGUACAUCUGAGGAUCUGCGUUUGAGCCUCUACCUAGGAGGCUAGAUUUUUGAGAUCAUUUUUGAGGUCAUUUGUACAUUAAUGGGAUUGGUUAGAACUGCACAGUGGGCAUGUGCCAAUAUUUAGUUUCUACUGUAUUUGCCAAAUUAAAUGGAACAGUGCUAAAUUAUUUUACAAAUCUUUCUUUUGUCGGGUUGACAUGAAUUUUUUAUUUUUUUUUUGCUCCCUUAAUUUUCCACUGUGACAAUUCGAGUACUUAGAAGCUUGGCUUAAUAACCGUAGAUGAUGUAGAACUUAUAAUUGGCACAUGUCUACUAAAUAGUAAAGAUUAUUAAGUCUUUUACAUGUUUAGGUUUACUCCGGCGUAACUGCAAGAAAUUGGAGAAAGGACAACUCAUGAAUGUUUUUCUUGCGUCAGCUACUAGAGGGCAGACUUUGUCAAAAAAUUUCAACAAGCAUCCUGAAGUGCCUGAGGAGGGUUUUCUCACUACAGCUUUCGGAAGGGAAACUUCAUUAACCACUGCUAGAUUCACCAUAGAAAGAACUUUAGGGCAACGCAAACACUUGUUUACUUAUGCAUAUGCUUUAAUUUGGCAGAUUAUUUUUCUUCGUUAUCCAAAGCAACCACAAGCUCAUGUCUAAUAACCAAAUCAUUUUGUCCCAAACAUCAUCUCAGUGAGAUAUCUACUUUGCCUUGAAAUGUCCUAUAUGGAAACAACUCAAGCUGGGAACUUUAUUGCUGAUUGACCUUAUACCAUGCCACUGUCAAAUGAUCUCUAAUGCGCUUUAAUAUAAUUGCACAGGGAAGUGUAGGGUGGACGAUCUACAUAAUCCAAUAUUAAUAAUAAACAUCUUGUUAUUUAAUAGGGAAAAACCUGGAAAAAUUCAGAGAUAUGCUUUACGACUUGGUUGUAACCUCACAAGUUGCAGUUAAAAUGCAGUUUUAAAUAAAAAGUUCGUUUUUUUUUUUUUUUAGUUUUUUUUUUUUACGGUUUUCUGGGAGUGCUACAUUGAAAACUAUAAUGUCCAGAUAAAUCGGAUUUAUAUGUUUAAAUCCCAGGAGUGCCAGUGAUCUUGGGAUAAGUCCUGCAUAAAUCCUCAAAACUUGUGAACUGCUACCCAAUAGGUGUUGUGCCUUUUCUUUUUUAAAGAGGGGAGGAAAAAAAUCUAUUAAAUAUUUAUUCAAAUCCACUUACAUCCAGUUACACUCAUUGUUACAUAGAAACUCGUUAAUGGGAGCUGUUACUUUAUUUGUACAGAAUGUACAAGGGGUGUUCAGGUCAAACUGGGACUUGUUAUUGCACAGAAUAACAGAAUGCAGAUAUGAGAGUGAAAACCUUUAUUUCUCUGUAUAAUCACCUGUUACACUAAUGCACUUAUCCCAGCAUUUCACUUUUUUCUGAGUAUACGUCUGAAACGCUGGCCCCUCAGAAACUCUUUUAAUGGCCACAAACAUGUGGACAUGGCUUGGAGUCAUGUCAGGACUGUACGAAAGAGUUUCCAAGGAUUAGGUGUUCGACUCACUGAAUGUUCACUGAAACAACUGCGGUGAGCCACCUCUUCCAGGGUCGUCAUUCACAGAUGUACGGGCAUCUUUAAAACGUCUGAUUCAGAUGUUUUAUUGGGGCCAAGAGUCUCAUCACCCUACAGUGCUCGAAGUCUUGUGUAAAUGUCAGUCGGUUUUAUUCUUCAUUUAUGAGAAAUUUCAUCAAGUCCUGGUUUGACUUGAACACCCUUCUUAUAUUUUUAAUAGCUGGAGCUUUGUGACACUAGCGUGUGUGUGUGUGUGUGUUUCAGAGAAUUUUAAUACCCACAGUUUUAUAAAAUAACUUUAAAUAAUUUGCUACUCAAAUAACUGAACAUUAUUUUUUGUAAAUAUUCGUAAAGCUUUUGGUCAAUUUUCUUACAUUUUUGUCAAAACUGAGUGUAUGUUUUUCUUACUUCACUACUGUUAUUGCUAAACCUGUAGCGAUUCGCAAUAUUAUAUACUGUAUGAGAGAAACUUUACUUUGAAAUUCUGGGAUGGUCUUCUUCAGAAAGGACUCUUGAAUGCGGAUUCUUUGUGGGACAAACUAGCAGAUCUUGUUUAUGAUCAGUAUAUGUAGGUUUCCAUACUUGUGUUGUGUAAUACCUUCUGAAAGGAACUGUCUUCAGAAACCCUGGAGUCUGAACUACCCUGGAAGCAUCUUCAGUGAAUGCGUGCUAUUCAAAUAUUUGGGGAGAUUCCUGAUGACAAUAUGGCAAUUAUAUUGUGUCUAAUCAAAACUUUUUUUUCUGUACUGUAGAUGUACAAUCAGAUGCUUCCUAAUAAAACAAUAACCAGACAGAA